AUAGCACUUAUUACCGGCGACAGUUUUCUUAGACCGCACUACAGAUGGGGGACCAGACCUCCACACAUCCCCUCCGGCCGCUCCAGAAUGGCGCGCCAAAGCGUGUCCCCCACCGCCUCUGACGGAUUACUGCAGCGACCCCUUAUUAGCGCGCUGCUCAAAUGCUGCGUAUGACCCCAAAUCGCCUUACCAACAGCCAUGAGGACAGCAGGACUAGCUUCAUACAGCGACCCGUGCUCCCAUUCCGUCUCCUGCCGUGUGGCGGCCGCGGGCCAACGCCGUUCCCAAAUGCCCGCUCCGUCAAAAGCUCCCAGCUCCGCGUUACCAUACCAAGGACAACGAAUUGGAGUGGCAGUCUGUCUUUCAUCGUCUUACUACAUUCUGCGGAUCGCGAGCCUUUGCCAGGCUCUGAAAUGUCAUACUUGGCGUCCCAAUAUCAUGCCCAAGAGUAGCGUGUCCCAUCAGUUGCACAACGGCACAGGAAGGACACUAGGAAUGCAGCGAAGCGCCGCUAGAGGUCUACUCUUCACCGUCUAUAGCCCCCAGUCCCAUGAUCUCGGUCUACCAUCACCAUCUGACGCCCGCAUCGGCAUGUACAACCAGGUGUCCGCCUUGAAAUUGCUAGCCAGACGCCCAGCAUUGCAGUCUUUUUGUCACCUUCACCGCUGUCUUACCAUGCUGACUUCUCAACAGGACUCCAUAUAAACCGUCAAACGCCUCUACCGCUGUAUAAUCUCGGUCGCCCAUGCCGUAGCUUUCCAUCCAACGCCCCUCUCAUCGCUUCCCAGGGCUGGAGCCA